AUGUGGUGGGCUUGGAUUCAGAAUAAACAAUUUAUAUCAAAAGCGACAUCGACAACAACAAAAAACAGUACAAAAUCAAAUGUUUUUAUUACUAAAACAGCAUAUUUAUCAGCCGAAUUAAAUGCUCAUAGCUUGCUUUAUGUAAUUUUGUUGGUUCAACAAAAACAAUUACCAAAAGAAGCAUUGAACAUGUAUUUAUUUAAUUCUCAACCAUGUGAAUCAAUGUUUCGCAAUGCCAGAUCAUUAAGUGGUACAUAUUCAACAAGAAUCAAUUUUACAGCUGCUGAUUUUCUUCAGCGUUCUCAGAAAAUUGCAAUAUUAAAUUGGAUAAAGUGCGAUCAGUUAUCUCAAGAAGAUGAUAAUGAACUUCUAUCAUUUCCUAUUCAUCACAAGCACAAACGUGAUAAUCAUUUAUCAUCUUUACAAAAUUUAGAUGACAUUGAUCAAUUGGAUAUUGAAAAAAUCAUCGUAGAUGCAUUUAACCAAGCACUUCAAUUAACUGAACCUUUAGAAAUAUCUAAAUUACUAAAAGAACAUAAUGUAUUUGACUUGAAUACGUUGAGCAAAUAUGUAUUUCAAGAAUUAAAUUCAAGCUCCAGAAUGUUUGAUUACUCCAUACAAACAAUUGAUGAUGAUAGUAAUGAAUUUAACCUUGAAGAAGAAGAAGAAGAAGAAGAACAAGACAAUGAGAACGAUGACAUCAACAACAAUCUAAAUGAUGACGAAGAAACAAUGGACGACAUCGAUCUUGAAGAAGAAGACGAAAAUAACUAUAGUAUGACGACUAUAAAAAGAAACUUCAAUGGUAUAAAAAUUUACGAAGAUAUUGAACCAUGUCGACGAAAUUCUUAUUUUAAAAUGAAACUUAAUGAUAAUCAAAAAUAUAUACAUAAACAAUCCGCUUGCUGGCUGUUAACAGAUAAAUCUGUGAAAUUAUCCAAUGAUCGACUUUCUCGAGUUAACCAAACAAGUCGUAAAGAUAAUAACGAUCUCUUUUAA